UGCCAUGAUAUUAAAUUCAGUUCUAACUCAAACUCAGACACUACAACAACUAAACAACGACACAACUGAUACUACAGAGAAAAAAACAUCGUAUUGAAUAGCAGAGGCACACCUACACUGCCGUAUUUAUUGUUCAAUUUUAGUUGUUUGUUUUUUUUGUAAGUUGGAAUGGACGUACUACACGCACACGAUCUGUACGGUGAGCAGCUAAUCGAUCGAGUCGGCGACGCGGUGAACGAAGAUGCUGGCGAUGACUUGGACACAUUGGUGGAAGGACAGCAGCAGCAGCGCCUGGGAGUCUAUCGUCAGAUGGACAUACUCCUGGACGCUCCUCAAGAGCCACCGUUGGGCGUUUUUCCGGCGCAAGGAGGGCCAAAUGGACCACCACGUCUGCGCAAGAAACGGAGUUUCUACACAAUGACCAAGCCCACUCCGCCAUGCCAAAGUCAGGAGCCGGAGAUGUGCGUCCUAAUGGCCAGUGUCACGAGGGCGAUGCGUCACGUUCGCGAGGAUCAGCGAGGCGAGUACUUUGCAAAUUACCUGGUCGAGAAUAUGACCAGUCAGAACUACCCGAAUGGUGUGGGUCUGCCACAGCAUUGGGGUCAGCUCUGAUUCGCCAUAGUUCCCCCAUAGAUUGUUAAUCAGAAGAAUCUCUCUUGGACCUCGGAAGAUCGAGCAAGCUCAUUGGGAUCCCAUCCUACACAUACAUGUAAACGUCCAUAUCUCCAACCACCCGAUAUGCAUCCAACUAGUUAUCUUUCCUCCAAAAACUUGCUCAAAACUAAAAAACACUACACCAUAGUUAUCUACCGCUCCACCAAGCUCAAAAAAGAGAAAAAAAUUUACUUCACUGUUUACAGUUCCCAUCCUGUUCAAUAAACAACACGAUUUAGCAAACUUA